AUGCACUCACCCAAAGUGUCUCAUUGGAAAACAGCACUCAGAAUAGUGAGAUACACAAAACAGGCACCUGGACUUGGUCUAUUAAUGCCACUUGAUGACGCAAGUCAGUUGCUUAUUAUGGUUCUGAUUGAUGGUUGCUUGGAGACUGGAAGAUCAGUUACUAGAUAUCUAGCAAAGUUUGGAGGGGCAUUGGUUUUCUUGGAAGUCAAAAAAAGAAAAAGGAAACUGUGUCAAAAAAGCCCAGUUGAAGCAGAAUUCAGGAGUACGGCUUCAUGUGCAGCUGAAGGAGAAAAUCAAUCGAGGAAUGCUGAAACUGAACAUAUACAUACCAAAGAGCAGUUAGCAGAUUUGUUUACAGAGAGUCUUGAAAAAGCUCAACAUCAGCAUUUGUUGAGCAGGCUUAGAGUCAAGAACCUGUUUCAACCAUAG